AUGGAUUCUCUUGAUGAAUCAAAAUAUACUUCUAUUAAAGAAGGACAAGCAACUGUAUUGUUUCCUAAAGAUGAAGCGGGUGCAUUUUAUAACCCUGUACAAGAAUUAAAUAGAGAUCUUUCAAUUAGUAUUAUUUCUAAAUAUUUAAAGAAUAAAGAAAAUGAAUUAAAACAAAAAAAUAAACAAUACCAUCCUUUAAUUGUUGAAGCACUCGCUGCUUCAGGAUUACGUUCAGUUCGUUAUGCUAAAGAAUUACCACAAGAUAUUGAUUUUAAGGUUAUUGCAAAUGACAUCUCUAAAAGUGCAGUUGAAUCUAUUGAGCGUAAUGCUAAAUAUAAUAAUACUACAAAAAUUCAACCUUCAGAAAGUGAUGCUGUCUUAUUACUAUAUCAACUUUCACAACAAAAAGAAAAACCAGAUGUCAUUGACCUUGAUCCAUAUGGUGCUCCAACAGUAUUUUUAGACGCUGCUUUUGCUGCAAUUAAAGAUGAUGGAUUAAUGGCUGUUACUUGUACUGAUAUGGCUUGUUUGGCUGGAACACAUUCACCUGCAUGUUUUGCUAAAUACGGUGGAAUGCCAUGGCACUCAUCAAGUGCACAUGAAUUUGGAUUAAGACUUGCACUUCAUUCAUUAGCAGAAAAUGCUGCACGACAUAAGAAAUACAUUGUUCCAAUAGUUUGUUUUCAUAUUGACUUUUAUGUAAGAAUGUUUGUUUUAGUUAAAUCAUCAGUUGCUUUAUCAGGUGAACUACCACUCCAUGAAGGUCUUGUUUUUGUUUGUCCAACAUGUGAGAGUUUUUGUUGUAAUCGUCUAGCAAGUAAAAAGGAUGGAAAGUUAAAAGCAUCUCCAUUAGAAAUAGAAUCCAAUAGAUGUAUUUACUGUAAAUCACCAGUUCAUAUUACAGGGCCAGUGUGGUUAGAUAAUUAUGUUGAUUAUCAGUUUAUUAAAGAAUUACUUAAAACUUAUCAACAAAAUGAACAACUUCAUAUUAAUUCAAGAAGAAGGAUUCUAGCAUUAUUAACACUAUUAAAUGAAGAACUACCAGAUACCCCUCUUUUCUAUGCAUUAGAUAGGGCUGCUCAUUUCUUUAAAAUUACAGUUCCACCACGAUCUAUCUUUGUUCAAGCACUUGAAUCAAAAGGAUUUAAAACAUCGUUAUCACAUACAUAUCCAAACAGUAUUAAAACAAAUGCGAGUGUUGAUUUAAUUUGGGAUUUAUUUAGAGAAGCAAAUACUAUUACACCAUCUAAAAUAUCACAAGAAACACCAGCAUAUUUAAUACUUAAAGAAAAACAAAAAGUUAUUUUUGAAUUAACAAAAUUCAAAAAAUUAAAAGAAAAGAAACCAAUUCCAGUCUUUGUUGAGAAACCUGGCAAAAAUUGGGGACCAGCAUGCAAAAAAAGAAAAGUAUUAACUGACAAGAUCAAUGCACUUGGAGAUGAAAAGAAAAAUGAAGAAUUAGAUCUUUGA